GACAGUUGGAGAUUCUAACUGUCCCUCUUCAGAACCUUCCCAUUUUUCUCUGAACUAGGAAAAAAUUGACUGGCUAUUAGCCAUGGUGGUAAAGACAACACAACUGCUCAGCUGUAGAAACUAGUGUUGUGUGUAGGUUUAAGAUUUUACUUGUCCUAUGAGGAAGAAAGCUGCUCAUUAUAUAUGAAGAAGGUCUUUGGGUACUAUAAUGAUGGGGUUACUUCUUUUAUGUGUUUUGAUUUUAUAUGCUGUGAUGUCUAAUUUUCCAGUAACAGGAAGAACAUAUCAAAAUAAAGCUAUUUCCAAGUCAACAUUGUCCUGCUUUUCCAGUACAUUUGUGGACUAUGAUGAUCUAAUCAAGUUAUAUCUUACUUCAGAAGAUUUGAGUAUCCAAUGUUACUUCGUAUCUGGACUGAAGAUUCAGGAAAAUGCAAAUCACACCAUAGAUCUGCUCACAUCAAGAGGACUUGCUCCCAGUUUGACAAUUACAAACAGCACUUAUACUGGUGUCUUUCACUUCAAUUUAUCAUCGGAAAAGGAGGAUUUUUACUGGACAAUUGGUAUUCCCAGAAAAGAAAUCACAAAUAAAGAAGAUAUUGCUCCAGUGGAAGAAUGGUUUGUAUCUAUUACACUUCAAGAGGGAUUAGACAUUUACACUACUGAAGGAACAAUACUGGACCUUAUCCGAGAGCCUAUUCUUCAGUGGGUUAUUGGAAAACCCAUGAAAAAUCAUGAGAUGAAAAAAUUAGUUCCAUAUGUGAUAGGUAUCAAACUUACAAAAUGUCCAUGUGCUAAUGAUGUAGCAUUAAUUGGUCUGACAACUGGUGGCAGUAUUUCUGGGAUUUACAUAGGUUUGACUCAUUCUGGAUUUUGGGAGGACAGUGACACUGUUUGGUUUGAUGUGAAAAAUGGUAUUUGCCCUUACAAUGAUGAAGAAUGCAUGAUAUCUACUGUUGUGGGAAUUGUCUUAACAAAUUAUCACUUAGUGCUCCUUACAUCGGUGGGCCUUUAUAUAAGUACAGAUCUCCGUUAUCCAAAUGGUACUUUAAUGUUUUCAAGAAUAAAUUUUUGUGGCUUUGACACGUCAGAUUAUCUUCAAGCAAAACUAUGGUAUAAUGAAAUAUGUUUAGCUAACCAGGAAGAUUUUGAAGAUGAUUACAUUGCGAUCACUUUUGAAAAAAGUAGGACCAUGAGUCAGUUGGCUACUUGUUUCUAUAGUUUUGCUCCAUUUGAUGAUUGGAAAAGUUGCAUCCCCAAUCCUAGAGAAAGAAGGAGGAGAAAAGGUGAAGCUCAACUGAUAUCAUUUCUUGUUGAUAUUGAAAUGAAAUCUGGAAUCUACCUCUUUUCUACUAAGAUUCAUUCUUUUGUUGUUGUGAGGAAAUUUAUAAAUAAAUCUCCAAGGCCUGAACUGUUAUUUCCAAGUUUUUCUUUUCCUUCUGAUUUUCAUACUGUUGUAGGAAUGGUUUUUCAUCCUGGGACUCAUUUUCUGUAUGUUUUUGGAAAUCAGGUUUGGAUUUCAUAUGAUGGAGCUAACACUUUUGAGAUAGUGGCAAACUUUUUCGAUGAAGUCAUAAUUGAAACCUACCAUAGCUUUCAUACUUUAGAUAUUAUCUUUCUUUCUCAGACCUUACAAUUAUAUUUUUCUAAAGCAGGAGUUAAAUCUUAUUACAAAAUAGGUCGAAGCAGAAUAAUCAUUUUUGAUUUAUACUAUGACCAUGUGGGCACUGAUACUAUAAUUUCAUUGAGUAAGAAAACUGAGGAUUGUAUAGACAUAUUUUCGGCAUUUGAUAAUACAACAGUUAUACAGGUUAAUGAAGAUAACGAAUUUGAUACUGUAUUAGCUCCACAAUACAUCACAGCAUAUGAACUUGUCUUUUUUGCCUAUGUACCCCUGAAUGCUACUAAGAAAAUGAAAAAGGAUCUAAGAUUUUAUCCCCGUCACAUUGGCAGAAAACUCCAACUAAACUCUUAUGGAAAUGCUGACAUAACAAAGAUUAUGUAUCAUGAGGACCUUGUAGGCUUUCCGAGCUCAGCAGCUGCAACUUUAGAAGAACCUUUUGCAGUUGAAUUUCCUUCAGUGAAUUCCAGUUUAAAGGGUGACAUUACCAUUCAAAGACAUGACAACUCCUUCUUUAAAAUUAAUCUUAUAUAUGAAUCCAGAAAUGAAACCCCUGUAUUUAGAAAUACUGACAUUAUGAAGACUGUGGUGAUUCCUGGUUAUAGCAGCCUCCUAAUUGUUGAGAUUUUAAAUGGUUCUAUGGCUUUAGCUCUUGCUACCAUGCCUAUGAAUGUGUUUUUACUUAAGAAGAUUCCAAGUACUCAGUGGUUCUUAUAUAAAUUUGGGGUUUCAAAUGAUUCUGGAUGGUUCAUUACUUCAUCCUCCUGUAAACAUGCGCUCAUACAUGAUGAUAUUAACACAGGAAGAAACAUAAUUAAAUAUCUUGAUCUGGGAGAUACCUUUCAUUUUCAAAUUAAGGUUUUGUCGUCUGUGUCAUACAAUACUCGGGUAACGACAACACCACUCCUAAAAAUAAUCACUGGACAACCGUUCUUGCUGGACAUAAUAACACAUGCCUAUUGGGAUGAAACUGACAAUUAUGUAGUUGAACUGGACAUUUUAAAUAGAUAUCUUAGAAAAGGUAUCACUUCAAUUGCAUUCAUAAUCUGGCAGGCAACAACUGAUUGUGAUACAUCAACAAUUACCCUAAAAGUGAAGAGCAGCUGUUGCUACAAUAAACACAUAAAAUUUUUGCACAAAUACAAAAUAUCCUUGGACAACUGGGAAGAGGGAGAAUAUCAAGAUGAACAUGGUUACAACAUCAUCAAAACUUUGCCGAUAAACUACAGACCUCCAUCAUCACUGGGAAUAGCCAUCCCAACUACUGAUAAUUUUUAUCAUGCAGAUCCCAGCAAACCCAAACCAAGGAAUUACCAUCCUCUAUCAAAAAAAUCAGGGAAAUAUAAGAAGUGUUUAAACAAGACCUCUAGAAAAGACUGUAAUUGUACAACGGAAGAGAAGAUGUCUCAAAAUAUAGCUUUCUCAGACUGCAUAGAAAAGGUUUUGCGGUUUUUGUAUCCAGUUAACCAGUAUCCUAUCUUUUUGGAUAUCAAGGAUGGGGAUUUCUUAGUCCCAAUGGAACCUCCAUAUCUUAUUACUAUAUCUGAAGUGAAUAACAGGAAAAACUGGAAACUCAGUAAGACUUGUGGUUCUGAAUUAUACCACUUCAGAGUGAAAGUUGUUCCUGGAGUCACUUUUUGUAAAUUAGUUGCUGAGUUCCAGAUUUAUGUUGAUCAUGCACCACUUCCAUUUCCAGGGAGAGUACUUAUUGCCUCUAUAACAACUGUACUUAUAGGAGGAAUUAUUCUUUCAGUAUUUAUGGUGGAAUUAUUUGAUAUCCAUAUAUGGUUGAAAAUUAAAAACCUGAUAUUAAGAAAGAACAAAGUAGCUGCAUCAUCUUCCUCUGUGAAUAUAAGGAGGUAGAAUUAUACCUAAUGACAUAAAUGAAGAAAAUGAAAACCAGUUCAAAUUCUUUUUUUCUCACUUGAUCUUCUUUUGGCUUUUCAAUAAUUUGUAUAAUAAGGUGAUAAACCAAAUGAUAGUAAUAUGGAAUUAACAUUUCUUUUAGAAUUCAAUGAAUUGUUUUUAAGUAUGCUUUAAAUGUUUGUUUUUAUGAAUUUAACUAUCCAACUUUUUUUUUAUCAAUAUACAAUUGAAGAUUGUUGAAGAUUUGUUCAUUUCUCUUUCCU